AAAUCAAGAUUUUCUAAGCUCUACAACUCAACAAGUCAACGCAAUUGAAAGAUCCUGGUGUCAAAUUAACUCUAUACCUGAUCAUUGCAUCUAAUGAGCAUCUAAACAGGUCAAGAUCAAAUGCAGAGCCUAAACAACGAGGGCAUAUUUUGUUCUAAUUUUAACUACCCAGACACCAGAGGUAGCAUGUUUGCAACAGUUGUUAAGAGUUCCUAAUACCAGAUGUAGUUAGUCGGAUAACUGACUUUUCCUAACUACAAUUCAAUGCAUCUGCUGAACAGCAACAAAAGCCUGGCUACGAAGUGAAGUGUAAGAUGUUUGAACCUUCGUACGUAUAUUAACAGAAUUGCAUUGAAAGGAACCACAACAGCAGUAAAAUGUGUGCAAAGUUACUCGCGUGUCCGCUCUGCUCUCAGCCUGCAUUUUUGACGCUUGAUGCACUGCGCGCAGGACUUAUAAGUGUGGCAACGCGUCCACUGGCUUGUCCAGUAUGCAACGAAGUAUUACUAGGCGUAGACAAGCUGACGAUACAUUUAUUCAGCCACACGAUUAAUUUUUCCAACGAUCAUAAUGCCAGGAACGGUAUCAGCUCUGUUAUCGAAAAUCAGAAGAACCUAAGGAAUGAAGAAGACGUCGACUGCACUCCCAUCCACAAUUGGAAUGUAAUCAACAAAAUGAUCGGUUCUCGAAAUGACUUUCCUAAUGUAAAAAAUUUGCCAAAAAGCCAAAGUCAAAUAAUUCCAUCGACCACGACAGCGAAUCAGGUAAUAUUUUUACAAACGUUGCCACAACUCCAAUCUGCAACCUCGAGUCACAAUGUGAAUAAUUCUAUUGCCGAGGAAAUUUACGUCCAGAGUAUUACGCCUGCCGGAGAACCAGUGACCCAACAAACGUCAUCAGGAUUUAGUAACGAUAAAUUGGAAACGUGUGUAGAAAAUUCAUUGAAGAAUUUUAAUAAAUCUAAGAAAGUUGAUGAAAAUUAUAGAACAAAAAUCUCUGAGUUCCAACCAAUUUGGUCAGAAAAUGUUUUGUUGGACAAAGGAAUCACGUCUAUUGAGGAAACUAAUUCAUCUCAAAUUGUAACAAUAUGCCCAAAAGUGUUACCAAAAAGUAACAUGGAAGUAUUGCUUGAGUCUGUAGCCGAAAGUAAAGAUGUCAACGAAGCAGAAACAAUGAUAACAGAAAACUCUACAAAGGAGCGAGAAAGUUCUGAACAAUGCCAAGUAUCACCACAACUCAAGUCGCCACAACUGCCGGCCACAAAAGAGAAAACCGAAAGAUGUGACAUAUGCGGUGUUUAUUUUUCUGAUCUGAAUAUAUUAACUCUUCACAAACAACUUGUGCACAUGAUUAACGAAAAAGAUGUGAACAGGAAAACUGAAGAUUUACUGAAGAAUUACCCUUGCCAUUUGUGCCCUAAGGUUUUCAAAAUGAGGGGCAGUCUUAUGGUUCAUAUGAGGGUAGCGCAUAUUGGUUUUAAUUUAGGCUCGCUACCCAAGGAAGGCGACGCCUUUCCAAUGCCCGGCGAACAUGGAUAUAACUGCCCAACUUGCGGAAAACUAUUUAAGAAGGAGCAACAUGUUACUCAACACUUGAAGACACACGAGGGAAAACAAUGGGAAUGUGAUGUGUGCAGUAAAAUGUUUACGACGAAAUAUUUCCUGAAAAAGCAUAAGAGAUUACAUUCUGGUGAGAUGCCUUACAAGUGUAACAUCUGCGACAAAACGUUCACUUUUCAGCAAUCUUAUCAUAAGCACAGGCUUUACCACAAGGAUGAUAAACCUCAUACUUGUACGACUUGCGGUAGAUCUUUCAAGGAACUCUCCACUCUGCACAAUCAUGAACGUAUCCAUACGGGAGAAAAGCCUUUUGCCUGCGAAACAUGCGGCAAAUGUUUUCGCCAACGUGUAUCGUACUUGGUACAUCGGCGCAUCCACACUGGAGUGAUGCCAUACAAAUGUACAGCAUGUGGCAAAUGCUUUAGAUACAAAGUGAGUCAACGAACGCACAAGUGUACAGCGCAACCACCAGGAAUGGUGGUGCGUCAGUCGAGCGAUCUGGUUCAGCGACUAUUGCAGGUAUCGCAGAUAAAGGAUUCCAGUGCGUCAGAAGGUACCAACAGCAUGAAGAUUCCGUCAUCGUCAGAGGCUGAGACUUCGCAAGUUCAGUGUAUUGCAAAUGAGGAGAACAGGUACAUUUUGAUAAUAAAUAACCUAGGUCAGCAUGUUUUAACGAGGCAAUCAGAGGUCGAAGGAAAACGAUUAAAGGAGGAAGUGGACACGGAGCGGAGUUUGAAUGCAAUGAAAUGCAAGGAUAGAAACGAUGAAACAUUCAUCAAGGACUUGUGGGGUCACAAUAUUCUAAAUGGAACAACCCUUAAGGAUUCUAUAGAGAUAUCAGUAAGGACUGGCUUAGUAGAGUCCGAGCAGGAAUUGCUUUUGGGUGACGGAAAGAAUCACUUCUUUUCCAUGGGUCAGUCAUCUUCCACAGAGAACGAAGUUCGAUCGCCAUCAAACGAAAUGGAACACCUGAGACUUUCCUCUCCGACAAGCAGUGAAACUAUUAUCAAUAAUGUCAAUCAGACUUCCAGCGUAGCAUUACACUCGAUGACAAAUGACUUUCAAUGCGGAAUGAACGGAUGUCACGAUAUAAUGAUUCAACAAGAUUUUGCUAGCGAGAAUAGCACAGAAGCUAUCUGUUCGUCAACGAUCAACGAGGAAUCUUUGAAACAAUUACUCUACGGUAAUACAGAAACUCCACACAAAUAAUUUCAGAGGAACAAUUUCGUUUAAUCCUUUAAAGUACAAUUAUUAUAUCUAAGUUUUCAAUGUACAUACAUACAUAUUGGUUGUGGACAUUAGAAACAAAAUUCACAGGCCGAUUAUCUGUGACUUGCAUAAAAACUUUAGCAUACUCCGUUUUAAAUUUGGUAUCACUAAUCAAAGCAAUCAUGAUCACUUGCGUGAGCCUCUUUCUAAAGCUGCAACGGAGACAAACAGAGAAAACUGUGUGUGGUGGUGAUUGUAGAAAUAGUGGCAUAAAAUUCUGUUGUUAAGUGAAAUUUGUUCUUAGUAGGUGUUUUCGAAUCACAAAACUUGCGCUAUGUGAAUCUCAAGAGCUUCGAUUGUAUAUCUUGAUAAAACUAUUUUCGUUAGCCUU